AUGCCUUCCGCAGUGAUCAUAGUCGCCGUCGCAGGCCUCGCUGCCUUUUCCAUCUCAAUCGUUUACAAUCUCUGUUUUCAUCCUCUUGCCAAGUUUCCGGGUCCUCGUCUGGCUGCGGCCACACACUGGUACGAAGCUUACUUUGAAUUGGUCCACAAGGGAGGUUCUCAGUUCGCUCCCAAGGUGCGCCAGCUUCACGCUCAAUACGGCCCCAUCAUCCGCAUAAACCCAGAUGAAAUUUCUGUCAACGACGGCGAGUUCCACGAUCGGUUGUAUGCACCCCAGCCUGCCAUCCGCGACAGGCACCCCAACUUUUCGUCGGCACUCGGGACUUCCAAUGGAUCCUUCAGUUCCGUAGACCACUUCCUUCACAAACGAAGGAGGGUGGCUUACAGCCCCUUCUUCUCCACGGCUAACGUCAUGGCCACCGAAGCAAUGGUUCACAAAAAGGUCAACUAUUGCUGCGAUCUGCUGUGGGAAAGCCGUGAUUCAAGUCCCAAUCUGCGCUCCCACUUUGCUGCUAUCAGUUUUGACAGCUUCUAUACGUGGGCUUUUGGCCACUCCCUCGACCUCUUGGAUGACCUCCCCAUGGCCCAGAAGUGCAGUGACACGGUUGAGCUUCUAGUUACCAGUGCACCAUUCUACCGCAUCUUUCCUGCUAUCAUGGGUUGCGCUCGUAAGGUUCCUCACUCGAUUUUGCGCCUCCUAUCUCAUCACAUUGGUCGCGUCUUUGACCUGCACACUCUUAUUUAUCAAGCUGCUGAGCAAUUCGUGCAGUCGCAGGAGCUGCAUUCGAGCGGAAAAAGCGAAAAGGUGUCACCUGUUGAGAAGCAAGACACAGAGACACUGUUUUCAGUCAUCUGCAGGAGCAAGGCACCCGAAUCCGAAAAGACCGCGUCGCGCAUUUCCCAAGAGGGCACGGAGAUGUUCAUGGCAUCAUUUACGCCUGGAAGGACCAUGAUGCUUUCCAUGUACUAUCUGCAUGCGUACCCGCAUGUGUUGCAGUCUUUGAGACGCGAGCUUGACGAAGCUAACCCUGACCCUCGCAAGGACAUUAGCUACGAGACUCUCAACACCCUUCCAUAUCUGAAAGCCGUAAUGAAGGAAAUCUACCGGGUUACAUUUCCCGUUGGUUCUCGCCUGCCCAUGACUUGUCAUGAAGACAUGGAGUUUGGUGAUUGGAAGAUACCAGCCCACUCAUCUAUUUCGGUAAAUCACCGCAAUCUACUCUUCAACUCAGACAUUUUCCCUGAACCGUUUGAGUUCCGGCCCGAGCGGUGGCUGGAUGUGGAGAAUCCUAUCAACGAAAAACGGUAUUUUGUGGCUUUUGGCAAGGGUGGCCGGGGAUGUCCUGGAAAAGAAUUUGCAACCCAGGUUAUUCAGCUUACCCUGUGCACGCUGGUUCAACGAUUUACUUUUGAGCUGGGCAAGACAGAUUUUGCCAAAGACAUUGUUCCUAGUCGAGAGUCGAUUCUCAUCGCGCCAGCAUUUGCCAGCAAAGGUGUCAAGCUCAAAAUCACAGGCAUGCGGACUUGA